UUUCACAACCUUUCUCCAAACAAUGGCUCUCAGAAAAUCAACUAAACUCCCUCAACCACCACUCAUCAAGCAAAUCCUCAAGAGGUGUUCCAGCUUAGGCAGGAAAGACGAUCAUGGCCUUCGCUUGGACGUCCCCAAAGGUCACUUCGUUGUCUACGUCGGAGAAAACAGAAGCAGAUAUAUUGUCCCUAUUUCCUUCCUCAAUCGCCCUGAGUUCCAAACUCUUCUCCACCAGGCAGAAGAAGAGUUUGGCUUCGAUCACGAUAAGGGUCUCACCAUUCCAUGCCAACAACACGUUUUCGAGUCUCUCACCUCCAUGCUCCGAUGACGGACUUCACUUACCAUUUUUCCUUUUUAUAAGGACCACAAAACCAAGCUGCUUCACUGCUUCUCUGACUUUCUCUUCUUCUCUUCACCCUUUCUUUCUUUAUAUGUAUAAACCAGGUUUGUAUUUUAGAGCAUCAAACAAUGUUGUUACUAUCUCCUACUUUAGAUUGUAAAUGUACUAGAAACCACCCAUUUUUCCCACAGAGGUGAACCAUCCAGUAAUGUACCCUGUUGGAGAAUUAAUUAAGAGAACCCAUAUAUUAUUAUCUACAUAUAUAUA